UCGAGGGGAGGGGAAGGGAAGGGCUCCGGAGGCUUGGUGUGUUCCUGGGUGGAGGAAGAGAAUCAGUCAGCGAGCCCCAGCCUCCAAGGCGCCUCCGUCUAUCCAUCCAGCCUCCUCAUGCCGGUUCCCGCUCUUUCCCAGCAGUCCGCCGCCUGGGACGCCAACCUGUUUGUGGAGGUCACUCCGGGACCGCUUGCAGCCUGUGGCUUCUCCCCUUCCUCGCUGCCGUGCAGCGCCUGAUGGGCUCGCCGCCGAGAAGACGGCUCGGAGCGUUAGGCUAAGCGAGAAGCAUCCCGCCUCGCCGCCACCUCGCACACCCACAGCGGAGGGAUUUACUUGGUCUGGAGGAGCCCGAGGGGCUGGCCGCACGCCGGGGAAGAAAAUGUUCCUCGACCCAGACGCAGCUAAAGGGACACCUUCCCGUGAUGUCGUCCUGGUUUCAGUCAUCAUCACCAUUAGCCUUAGUGUCACCAUUGUCCUGUGUGGAAUUUGCCAGUGGUGUCAGCGCAAACUGGGCAAGCGUUAUAAAAACUCUUUGGAGACUGUGGGAACUCCAGAUUCCAGCCGAUGCCGGAGUGAAAAGAAAGCCAUUAAUGAUCUAGACAGAGACUUUUGGAAUAACAAUGACAACACAGUGCAGCAGAAAUGGAGUUCCUACCCUCCCAAGGAGUUUAUACUAAACAUAUCACCUUACGCCCCAUAUGGUGAUCCACGACUUUCCCUCAAUGGCUCAUUGCUGUCAGGUGCAAAGUUGGCUGCCUCAGCCACAGCUGGGUUGGCAGGAGAGCGAGAAGGAUGCCACGGAGAGAGGCAGCAGCUCCGAGAGGACGGCAUGAAGAGCAGCGUGUCUGCCCACAGCGAGCCCAGCAUUGGGAAGGCGGGGAGAGGCCGAUGGCAAAUGGUGCAGAGCCACCUAGCAGCAGGGAAACUCAGCUUAUCCAAUUUUGAGGAUUCCACCAUGUCCACAGCCACUACCCUUGAGUAUAUCCCCACCUCAGCAGGAGACCCGAAAUGCCAGCGCCCGCGCACCCUCUUGCGCCAGCAAAGCCUCCAACAGCCACUCAGCCAGCAUCAGAACCCCAGCCACAGCCAGCCCACCACCAGCCAGAGCCUGGGUCACCUGCAGUCCCACACCAGCUCCUCCUCAGCCACUGGCAACCCUCGGGGCUGUCGGAGUGGGCAGUCACGGCAAGGGACCUCCGCUGGCUCCAAGCAGAGGACAGCUGGUGGCCGUAGCCGCUCCAACCCUGGGAGCUGGGAUCAUAUGGUGGGGCAGAUUCGGAACCGAGGCUUGGAUAUGAAAUCUUUCCUGGAAGGCCGUAUGGUGGUGCUAUCACUUGUUUUGGGGCUCUCAGAACAGGACGACUUUGCCAAUAUACCUGAUCUACAAACUACUGGGAACCAGCAGAACCAGAAUUCUCAGGGGGACAAGAGAUUACCCUCUGGAGGGAAAGUUGUCAACACAACACCAGUGCCAGGUCAGACCCAACACGAGGACACUGAUCACAAAACAGAGCCCCGUUCAUCUGUCUCAGACCUUGUAAAUUCCCUUACUAGUGAGAUGUUGAUGCUUUCCCCUGGAUCUGAGGAUGAUGAGGGACAUGACAGCUCCAGCCGAGAGAAUCUGGGCCGCAUCCAAUUUAGUGUUGGCUAUAAUUUCCAGGAAUCUACUCUCACUGUCAAAAUAUUGAAAGCUCAGGAGCUUCCAGCCAAGGAUUUCAGUGGCACAAGUGACCCUUUUGUCAAAAUCUAUCUUCUUCCAGAUAAAAAGCAUAAACUGGAGACCAAGGUGAAAAGGAAGAACUUAAAUCCACAUUGGAAUGAGACCUUUCUUUUUGAAGGUUUUCCGUAUGAGAAAGUGGUUCAGCGGGUGCUGUAUCUACAGGUCUUGGAUUAUGAUCGGUUUAGUCGCAAUGAUCCAAUUGGGGAAGUUUCCAUUCCUCUCAACAAAGUGGACUUGACUCAAAUGCAGACUUUCUGGAAGGAUCUAAAGCCCUGCAGUGAUGGGAGUGGAAGCCGAGGAGAACUUCUUCUGUCCCUUUGCUACAAUCCUUCUGCUAACUCCAUUACUGUGAAUAUUAUCAAAGCCCGGAAUCUUAAAGCCAUGGAUAUUGGUGGAACAUCAGAUCCCUAUGUGAAGGUAUGGCUGAUGUACAAAGAUAAGCGGGUGGAAAAGAAGAAGACAGUGGUGAUGAAGCGAUGCCUGAACCCAGUGUUCAAUGAAUCCUUCAUGUUCGACAUCCCCACAGAGAAGCUGAGGGAAACCACCAUAAUCAUUACGGUCAUGGAUAAGGACAAGCUGAGCCGAAAUGAUGUCAUUGGAAAGAUCUACCUAUCGUGGAAGAGUGGACCAGGCGAAGUAAAGCACUGGAAGGAUAUGAUUUCACACCCUCGCCAGGCGGUGGCACAGUGGCAUCAGCUGAAGGCUUGAGAGGCAGAAGCCAAGGACUUGCUCUGGGGUUCGGUGCACCAAGUCAGCAUUUAUUGGCUACACUCUCAUGACAUGACUUUAUGCACAGCGGCUGCACUGAGGUGUCCUCGUGAGAGAAAAGCUUGGGGAUGGAUGAACAGAGGCUAAGAGAGUAAACCUGAAAUAUGUACUUUAAAAAAACAAAAACAAAAAACUCUGGGCGUGGGAAAGUGAUGUCAAUGCCCCUUAUGCUGGUUCAGCAGCACAUACUACUAUGAGGAGCAUUGUUACCACCCAACCUGCUGCUUUAGCCUGUCUUUCAGACUCCGUGCUUAGCAAGAACAAGCAAGAGGAAGAGUUGGAACAGAGAAGAGCUGCUCUCCAGGGGCUUCAGCCCAGGGAAGUGAAGCCCUGGUUUGUUUGAGUAUGCAGUGUGGCACGGACUUUGAAAUAAUGGGAGGAGAGGAAUCUGUGAUCGCCAUACAAGACUGCCUAUGCGUUCUUCCAGCCAAAGGCCCAUUAGAAUGGUAGCCUGCCCUGCCAUGAGAAAGCUAGCCCUCAUCUGUGGAUGCACAGACUUGAGAGGGGGAAUGGCAAGAUCACUUGCUCUGUUUCAGUGAGGUGGCUUCAUUAUAAUUCAAUACAACUUGUAAGAGUAAUAAUAUAAAUAACAAGGAUGGCUAGACCUUUAUCCUAGCCAAGCCUCUCAGCAAAGCAGAGAGGAGCCAUGAUGCUCCCAUAGUCCUCUGGGUGCAUUUUGUCUGUGUGUGAGAGAGAGUGAGAGAGCGCGAGAAGGAGGGAGACUGAUUGUGAGUAACUGAAUGUGUGUGUGUGUGUGUGUGUGUGUUGUAACUAGGUAUGAAGAGCAUUUAUGUGUCCCUUGUGUUUUCUUUCCCUCAGCCCCAGAGAAAUUGUUUUUCUAAGGGAAUGGAUUGUCAGCCUCGCAGGAAUCCACAAGAAUUUAUGCCCUGUGAGAAAGGAAAGCAGUUGAUUUCCAGGCUUGGAGUCAAAGGGAAAAGAGAACAGUGAGAGGCAAAGAAGCUAUUUUGAUGGCCCACAGGUCUGGAAUCCCUGAAGUACAUGUCACAAACUAAAGUUUCUUAGAAAGAAACUAAUGUUUAUUUAUUCCUUUGAUCUGUUAAUGGUGAAGAGACAUGUUAAAUACUGCUGAAUUUUUUCUGGCAAGCAGAUCAAACUGAUCCCUCACACCUUGUUCCAGCCAAUCAGCCAUAAGAAGUCUACCUAUUUCAACCUGCACUGGCACCAUCUUUCUUCUCCAUCUUGGUGUCCAAGGCUGGCAUUUGACCAGACCAGAGUCUUGCCACUGGAACAAGCGUGCAGCAAUACGAUUAACCAGUCAGUUUUCCACUAAUUGUAAAAUAGAUUGCCUCGUAAUGAACACCUCAUUAACAACUUACAUCACUCAUGAGUGUAUGAGUUUUUAGAGAAAUGUACACCUCCACAAAGUACAUCUCAGGAUAUUAUUUUAUAUACUAAAAUUACCCUUGCUUGCUAAUCAGAGGCCCUAGAUGUCCUUUAGUUACUUAGAUCUUGACUUGUUGUUGUUUUCCCAGAUCCUAAAACAUCUUAUGGUCUCCUCUAUUUUUUUCUCCUGAUGUCAUUAUCAGGAAAAAGUUUUUGGAAAACCUCAUUUUUCCAGGUAUCUAGUCAGCAUAAAAAGACAAGCGUGUUGAAGCAGGGAUGGAGAUACUCUGAAAAUGAAUCAUUGUAGCUAAUUUCUGGUUAAUCCACUCAUGUAUUAAAAUCAACAGGUGACACUAUCACCAUCACAAAUUUAGCAUACCCUGCGUGUAAAUAAUUAAAGAAAAGUGAGCCUAGCUACAGUCCACAACUACUUUGUACAUGUUUGACAGUUUCUCUACUUUCCACCCCAAAUCAGGAAGGCUCAGUUAUUAAAAAAAAAAGGAUUGUCUAAAAAUUGUUCAUCAUAAAGCAUCCAGUGCCAACACUGCAAUGCACCCCACCCCACCCCAACUCCUGAUGAGUGCAGUGCAGUGGGGACUGAGCAGCGUUGUAAUUUUUAACUGCAUACUCACAUAACUGAUGUGUUGCGUUCAAAACUUAAGCUACUAUGGAAAAUGGAAGCCUUGAUAUAUGUGCAAAACAGUUUUGUGGUCAAAGAUGGCACUUGUUGAACAUUUUUUAGCAUCCAUUAAACAAAAUACACUUGGAAGACAAUUAAUUUCUGCUUUAAUAUGUCACAGACAAGAUUGCAUGAAUCAAUUCUGAAAUGACAUUUCCAGAUUACUGUCAGGUGCUGUAUCAAAUGACAAGAUGCUUCCACUCAAGGCUUUUAUCAUGCAGUGUCACACUGAUUAACCUGCAGAAUUCCAUGGAAGGUCCAGAUGAUUAUGUCUUCUUUGUCUCUUUUCCAAUGUGUUUCCCCACCCCCCAGUUCUUUCAGGCUUUUCCUUCAUGGGGAAUCUACUAAGAAGAUAAAGAGAUAGAAUACCAUAGCUCCAAAAAUAGAGCUAGGAACUCUCAGUCUGCAAUGAUACAGCUGGAAGGAAACUCAAAAUCAUAGUGCACUCAAUUAUUUGAGUAAUAAUUGUACUUCUGGUUUAUCCCUUAUUAAUGGUCACUUUCUCUUAAAAGUUACAUGAGAGGAAAUUAUAUGAUCUUCCAAAGCAGUCUUCUCAGUUAUCUAAUGGUCUUUAUUCUUUGGAGUUUUCCAGUGGUCAUCUAAAAUCUCCUUCACUGUUUAUAACCAUGAUUCAGAUCUUCCUCUCCAGCACAACAAAAAACAAAGUUGUUUUGCUGUUUAUGAGUCAAUGCUUCAAACGUAAGAUGAAAGUUAUCAUAAAACUUCUUGAAUUAUUUACUUAGAAUAAAUUAUUACAAGAUCCUCUUCCCGAUCUUAAUCGAGUUGAGAGUGCAAAAAGUACAAUCUGGGGCCAUGUGCCUUCUAUGUAUGUCUCUUUUCUGGUCCAAGAACCCACAUUGGGGAAAAAUAAAACUUGAUCUUCUUUGGCAUUGGGUGGCAGGGCGGGGAGGCUUAAGGAACAAAAUGGACACCUUAAGCUUUGCAGGCAAGGCAUUAACUUCAAGUAAUAGUUUCUGUCCCAUUUUGGCAUACAACUCUAUCCCUCAGUAUAGCCCUUGAACCAACAGAAGUAGCACGCCGCUACCUCUAGACAGAAACAGGCUAGUUGGUUCAGGAAAAUUAAGAUAGUGGUUUUAGCUUUUCAUUCUUUUCCUCCAUUAAACUAUUAUUUCCUAGAAUUUGAAAAACAUCCCUGUGAAACUUAUUUGGGAAGCCUGCCUUAAAAUUUCCAUAGUUGGUCCCUACCCAGGGCAAGAAGCUGCAACUGGUAGAUCUGGGGCAUCAAUAAAAAGCAGUAAGUUUUAUCAUACCUUUUGCUAUUAUGAUAGUGUUAGUUGAUAUUUGUUCCCUACGAUGUUUCUUAAGCCGUCUCUGCACACAAGAGCAGUUACCUCUGCUGCAAGAAAGGAUUCUGAAUGCAUGUUUUUCUGCAGGAACCCCAGGCAAUAGUGACUUCAAACGGGGGAGAUUCAAGGCUUAGGUUCUUUUUUGAUUACAUUUCCCUCAGACAUUACCCUUAUCACCGAAUCUUCAUUUGCUUUCCCUAUAACACAAUUUUAACAAAUAUGCCACCUGGUCCCCUAUGAGGGAAGAUGGGCUGGUGGGUAUUUUUAAUUCACCACAUUCCUUAUCUGAAAAUGAUGCCAAGUCUUGAGAUAAUACAUGUGACUAUCACUGACAGCAACAUAGAUAAAAACAAUAAGUUUUAAAGCCUUCUGCUCUUCUAUGAGCAAUGGGAGAUGAGAUGUAGAUAAAUCUAGGAAAAUGGAAGUGAGCAUAAUAUUUGUUAAGUGGUACCAAUGUUCCAUUUUGAUUUUUCUGAACGAUUUUAUUAGAACCAGUGGGCAGAUUGCUAACUCAUAUUAAUCCAUUUCUCCUGAGGACAGAAAUGCCGAAACUGACAGCCAAGGUAGCACUUUUACAGACUCUGACAGACAUCAAAACUGACAGAAUUAGUUAAACAUGAUGGGCAAAUGACAAGAUCAUUUUGCCAAUGCUAUCAAAUUCUAAGGAAAAUAAACAUUUUUCAGUGAUAACAGAAGGGAUGGUAGUAGAGAGGGAAGUUCAGCUUGGUGAUGAUACCUGCACUAAGUACCGAAAUCAAUGAAUAACAAGAUUCUUGCAACUUCUAUAUUUAAUGCCAGCGAAGCAGGCUAAACCCAAAAUUGUGGUUUUGGAAAAGAAUGGACGUUGGUUUAAUAUAAAAUGGCUAGGUCUUCAUUAACUCAUUAAUUUUGGUUGAAAAGCUAGGAAUUGUUUUAAAGCUGCCAGUUUGGCUGGUUGGACUAAAUUAGGGAAAUCAUGGGGAUCAAUGGAUAUCAAUUAUGAUGCCAGCAUGACUGCCUCUGAAGGCUACCUUUCUUAUACAAUUGGUUGGUCACUGUAAGAAUAGACUGCUGAACUAGAUAGACCAGUGGACUGAUCCAGAAAGGCCCUGCUUACAUUCUUCUGUUGUUUCCAGGCCAAUUAGUUUGCACAAUCUUACUGCAAUUUCAUAAUACCUGCUGCUUCUCCACAAUGUUGUCCAUCACCUCUCUGGUAUAUUUCUACAGAUCAUCACCUCUGUUCUACACCUCUUUCCACCUUCUCUCCCAGUUCUUCACUUAAACUAUCUUACAUCCUUUUAAGUCCUCUCCUCACAUUCCUCUCACUUCACACACAAAAUUUAUUCAGCUGUUUCCCUCCCCCCAAAAAAUGACUCCUCCAAAUACAAAAUUUGUAACCAACAGCAUUGCAGCACCUUGCUUCUUUGAAGUCUCUUCAGAUAAGUUUUGUAUAGAAAAAGAUUAUCAGUAGUUUAUAGCAGAGCAUUUAACACCUCUCUCUAGUCUUGGCCAUUGAUCGUGAGGACAUAUGAGCCAACCUUUCACAUGUCCCAGUGUUUAGUUUCUUCCAUCAGGUGGCUAAUCUAUGGAUCUGUUUUGUCAAGGUAUUUGAGCAGACUGACUUUUACAAUGUGCAUAAUAUUUGUGAUGGAGUUAUAGGUAUGUAUUUUGUAGACUUAGUCAGUGUGUUACUGAAUUUUCCCCAUGUAUGAUGUGCAGAUGCUUGAAUUAUAUUUCUGGCAGGCAUAUUUUUAUACAUAUCGUCAUUGUUAAGAAUAAUGAAGACAUGCAGAAAUAAGAGAAAGACUCAAAAUAACCAGUGAAGAUUUCAGAAAAAUCAGGAACCAGGAAAAUUUGAAUUGAAAUUUGAAGAUGGCAUGUGCUCAGCUGGGGCAGGAAUUUAAAAUCAAAGCCCCCAUUUUUAUAUAUUUAUUAUUCUGUUAUUGAGGGAGCAGUGAUAGUAAGGUGUCAACUGGCAUUUGUUUAAUAUAUCUUGCUAGAGAAAGGAAGUAUUGAAAUGGACACGGCUUUAUUUUUCUAUUUUUCUGCCUCACCUGUAUAGCUGUCAUGCAAUCAGAUGCAAAAACAAAAUGUUGGAUACUGAAACAACAAAAAGAACUUUUAUAUCAAAAAAGGAACUGACUUCCUAUUGCAGUAUUUUUUUUCAAUCCUGUUUCCAGUACUUUGUUCCUCAGCUUCUUCCUGACUUCAAAGUAAAAUGAUUGUCACUGAGCUACUUUUUAAAUUCAUUUUAUGUUCAUCAUAGUUGGUCAAUUUUGUCCAAUAUAACUUUAAUUCCAUCUUGCUCCUUUACAAUUCAUAAAAAUAUAUUGAAUGAGCUUCAAAACUCCAUCAGUUGACCAUAUCAGGCUAUUUAAUGCAAGCAAAAAAGAUAAUCUAAAUAUAAGCCAUUGACUGAAGCACUAAAAAGCUUCAGUUUGGAACAAAGCUAUGUUCCAGUAUAUGUUUACAAAAAAAAAUAUUCUGACUUCAGAUAUCAUUUGGAAGGUGCUUUUAUUGGAAGUUGCCAGGAUUGCUCCAGACAGGCAGAAAUUGCAAAGUUUUGAUUAAUUUGCUAGAUUUAUCCAUAAGAGACUGAAGUCAUCUGUUCUUCUUUGUAACUGCCUCAUUACCAUUCAUUCCAGCAUUUCCCCAAAAGGAAAGGUUAGAUACUGGACAAUAUGAAGAAUUAGCUGGAUCUAAAGAGAUCCUUUGAAGGAGGUUACCACAAGCUUUUUUUUAAGGCAGCAGGUAUCACCAACCUUUGCAGGGAAGCCUUGACCAUCUCGCAGAUCCUGGUCCCUCUUGCCCACCAAAAAAGGUGAUCCAAUCCACAGAUGAAACAUAAAAUUUUAAACCACACUCUGUCCAUUUCUUCAGAGGUCAUAUACAGUCCUGGCUGACAUACCAUACCAGAUUUGCAGUUUCUAUGUCAUUGUAAACUCCAAGCAAUGUAACAUUUAUCAUGAUAUUACAGCUCUUCAUUUUAGAUUCUCCACUACUUUCCACAAUGGAAAGUAUAACGAGUAAUGGAAAUGGGACACCCACAAGUGGGAAGGUUAAAUAGACUCCAUUAGUGGAAAUAGACUCACCCAAUGACCAUGAGAGCACAUAGAGCUAUAUGCUUUCCCAAAUCAACAAAGCUAACAAUUUUGGCUUGCUCCAAGCUAGUACUUUGCUCCCAUCAUUUUGGACUUCAUGAGAUUCUUAAAUAAAUUGAGAGAAAUAUAUGUCAGUUCUGCACAACUUGUAAGCCACCACGAAGGCAGAAUUUGCUGAUUAUGUGGCAGCUUCUCGAAUACUGUAUAUGAGGUCUUUAGAACCCGAGAUUAAUUAAGCACUUUAUUAGCUGUCAAACAUUAACAAAAUAAAAGGCUGUGGUAGCUUGAAAGUAAACUUUGACUGAUACACUAUUCACAGACUCACCUGUACAUGUGGAGCAUUUCCACCUAAAUCCCUUAGCCAGUUUGAAAGCAGCUCAAGACUUCAGUGAACCCCACAAGCUCAGUCCUCCUAGGUAGUCACGGUGAGGAAUUCCCCACUCAACAGUAUGAAAAAUUCUAUCUUCAGCAAAUGACUAUUGAGGAUUAAGGAAACAGUAUAAAAUUAUAACAAGAAUUUAUGUAAAGAAGCUCACCUUCCAGCGUAGGCAUAUACUUUCCAUAUCUCAUAAAGCAGUAUCCUAAAUCAUCUGUUCAUAGGCUUGCAUUUUUUUAAAAUGGGGGUGGAGUGGCUUAACGGGGAAUUGAGGGUCAUACAAAUAUAAAGAAGAAAUGUAUGUGUAUAUAUAUAUACAUGUAUAUAUGUUUCUCUCUGUGUGUAUGUAUGUGUGUGUUUGCAUGGGUUGGUGGAGUUUGGCAGGACACUGGGUCUUCUUUCUAUUUCUGCCAUGGAGACAAUUGAGGGGGAGGGGAGGUUAAUAAGCUUCUCAUUACCUCAGUUUGUCCAUCUGUACAAUGGGAAUAAUAUUUCCACAUCUCACAUGGGAUGAUGAUGUGAGGCUUCCAUUAUCAAGGCUCUAAGUGUGUUAAAUAAAAACCUCACUGCUCAAGAUCCCUUCACUUCUUAACAAGGCUUUAAUGGGUAGGAAGUUUCUUUAGUUUGUGUAAAAUUAUCUCCAACUGGUUCCCAAAUGCUAGAAUAGCCUUUGAUUAAAGGUGCUACUACUAUCGACAUGCAAAGUAUUACGAUCACUUUUGACAAACUGAGCAUCUGCUCCAGCCAGCCUCCCUAUGGAAUAACUUUACCCCUCACCUGCCACCACUAAUCACACCUCCUCCCAAAUAGAAGUUGUUUCUUUCGUACAAUUGAAAUUUUAAGAGUUGUGUUUAUUUUUAACUUGAGCUCUUAGCUGUAUCUUGUUUGGGUAUUUCUUCAAUGUGAUGAUAACCAUCUAGCAUAGUAUGUGCAAACAGAAAAAAAAAAUUGAAAAAAAAUAUAUGAGUACAUUGUAGCUGAGUUUGUUACUAGCAACGAGGGUGGCCAUCCAGCUAGGCUCUUUUGCUACCUUCUUUCUAUUGUGUUUGGAGAUGUUAAAAUUCAUGAAGCAGAUGUGCUUUAUAAUUCAAAAAAACUGAUGAAACACACAAAAAAUGGGGAAUGGGGAAAAUCUAACGUUACUGUUAUUGCUAUUACUACUAAUCCAGUGUGACUUGAAAAGCACUGAUAACUACAAGGUAGGAUCGUUUCCUUUGCAGAACCCUAUUUUUGGAGAACCAGGCCCCUUGUUUUGUAGCGAGGCCCCUGAUCCAAACAAUAAAGGAGAGCAAACCAAGCAUCCCUUGCAUUCGUUCUUCUGUCUCAAAUUAAGCAGAGAGGAAAAUAACAUCAUGUUAGCCAGGGCUAGAGAAGAACGCUUCCGUUGCCCAAAGUUUCAGUUCCACUUGGCACAUCACAACCUUUAACUGGACCAUCCUGGGAGGUCGACUCGGUUUCCACUCCACUGCGUUUCGCCAUGAUAUUUAGUAUUGUCUCUUAACCCUGUGGUCUUUGAGGGGGGCAGGGAAAAAGACCUGUGGGGCCCACGUGAUGCCUUGAGCAUGCUUAGAAUUAAAGCCAAAGUGUAGGAUGGUGCUUUGCUUUGCAGAAUGCCAAUUUCCUUUCCUUUCAGAAUAUUUCUUUAAAUUGAGCCCAACGGGAAGUUUUAAUUGCUAAGUUCAAAGAAAGUGCUAUGGAUCCUACAAUGGAAAUUUAUAUGCUGCCCAUCUCACUCUUCAAAGCAACUCUUUUGUACCAGUAUAGAUUAAAGUAAUGUGAUAAAUAUUUGUGGUGCUUUCAGUUUUAUUCCCCAGGACUUACAAUUUCUGAAGUACGAAAAGGGGUUUCCUGGCUUCAGUCUUAAUUUUCCCUCGUUUUUAUAGCACUGGUACUAAUUGUCUCAAUUCUGCCACCCCUGUAGCAUUGACAUAUCCAAACAAAGUGUAGCCUCACAGCAUGCUGGUUAGAGCUAUGAAUGUUUGGAAAACAUAUUGGAUGAGCUGAUACGCUUGCAUUUCUACAAUUAGCAGGUGCAUGAAUUGUUCCUCUAGGGCCGUGAUGGUGAACAUAUGGCACGUGUGCCACAGGUGCCAUGCCGUCGCUCCAGCUCAGCUCCACCAUGCAUGCGCAUGUGCCGCCAGCCGGCCAGCUGGUUUUCAGGUCUUUGCCAUGCAUGUGCGCUGUG